ACGAUCAGGAGUUCAGAAUAGUUCACCUUUGGACGGCGCGCAGACUGAAAUUGUUUCGUACGCUGACAGUCGCUUGCUUUGGUUGGUGCCGAAUAGAUCUUGUUACAGUAGUGUGUGUUGCAGUGCUGUGCACCGUGAGCCUCCAAAAUGGAAACAAGUUAUGUGUCUAUAUGUUUUUCAGUAUUCGUUAUGCUGAUAUAUGCAGGCUUCAGCAUGUCAUUUGGGAUAGGACAGAGAAACAGCUGCUCACCUUCCAAAGCUCCACCUCCAGGUCGCGUUGACACGUCAAGGCAAUUAAAGGAAUUAAGGACACGUCUUAAAGCAAUGGCUUUGGAUGCCUUCAUUAUCACCAGGGAUGAUGGGCAUCAGAGCGAGUUUCCAGCACAUCGAGAUCGCCGGUACACAUACAUUUCGGGCUUCUCGGGCAGUGAUGGAAUCGCUGUAGUUACAAGAGAAUGGGGUGCAGCACUGUGGACAGAUGGGCGUUACUUCCUGCAAGCUGAUAUACAGCUAUCGUGCGACUGGUUGCUGAUGCGUAUUGGUCAACCUGGAGUGCCUCAUCUCAUGGAUUGGCUCUUAGACAUACUGCCAGAGAAUUCAAAGAUUGGAGCAGAUCCAAAACUUGUACCUAAUAGUAUAUGGAAUAAAUGGGCUUCAAAGAUUGGAGAUUCUAGCAUCAGCCUUGUAGAAGUAUUUGAAAACCCUGUUGACAGAAUUUGGAAUUCUACUACUGGAAGACCACCGUAUCCAGAGUACGAAGCUUAUGUACUGGCUGAAAGAUUUUCAGGCAGGAAAUGGGAGGACAAGGUCAAAGACUUGCGAGCAAAGCUUGAUGCGGAAGGAGCUGAUGCAAUAGUAGUUACGGCUUUGGAUGAGGUAGCAUGGCUACUCAAUAUACGAGGAUACGAUGUUCCCUUCAACCCCAUGGUGCAUGCGUAUGUCACUGUGACACCUGACUCUGUGAACUUGUAUGUGAAUGAGAGCAAACUCGGCUUACAAGUAAAGGCUCACCUUAAAUCAGUGAACUGCUAUUCUGAACACUGCACUCAGGUUUACAGUUAUGAUGCAUUGAUUGGUGACUUAAAAACUAACCAACAGAAGUGGAAGAAAGUUCUGCUUCCUUCACAGUGUUAUAAUUCACCUGGGGCCAGCCGAGCCAUCUAUUCAGCGAUUCCUCCAGGGAAACAAUUGGUCACGUCUUCACCCAUCAUAUUCAUGAAAGCACGCAAGAACCACAUCGAGAUAGAUGGCAUGAGACGGGCACACAUCCGAGACGCAGUUGCUCUUUGUGAUUUCUUUGCCCACUUUGAAGAAUCGACAGCUGCAGGUGAACAAUGGGAUGAGCUGCAAGUUGCAAAAGAGCUGGAUCAAUUUCGCCGAGAACAAAAUCUUUCAAAAGGUCCCAGUUUCUCUACUAUUGCAGGCUUUGGGCCAAAUGGAGCAUAUCCUCACUACUUACCAUCUGAUAGUAGUAAUGUGCUCCUAAUUGAUGGCAGCAGUAUGUUGGUGUUGGAUUCUGGUGGACAUUAUCUAGAUGGUACAACAGACGUAACACGUACAAUUCAUCUAGGAACUCCGACAGAUUUUGAACGUGAAGCAUACACACGUGUACUGAUGGGUUCCAUCCAAUUGGCAUCACUUGUUUUUCCCUCUGAUGUCCCCAUGAAUAGUAUUGAUGUUCUGGCCCGUGGCCCACUGUGGGAGGUUGGGUUAAAUUACCUCCAUGGAACUGGUCAUGGUGUUGGGGCUUUCCUCAGUGUUCAUGAAGCACCUAUUACUAUUUCAUAUACUACAGGGAAUUUGACUUUCCAAGAAGGAUAUUUCUUCUCAGAUGAGCCUGGCUACUAUCAUGAAGGUCAUUUUGGUGUUCGACUUGAGAAUGUUUUAGAAGUUGUGAAGAAGCAAACUAAGCACCACUUUGAGGGGCAGUACUUCAGUUUCCUACCUGUAACAUACGUUCCAUAUGAACCGAAACUAAUAAAUGUUAAGAUGUUGAAUCCACAACAUCGACAAUGGUUGAAUGACUACAAUGCAAAAGUACGAACUUUAGUAGGAGCAGAACUCAAGCGGCAGCAUCGUAUGAAAGGUUUCUAUUGGAUGAUGGACAAGACAGGAUACAUUCCAGAACAUGAACCCAGCAGUGCCAGUGGAUGUAUCAGAGUAACUGCCUUACUGCUGACAGCAAUUCAGAUUGUAGUACUUUUCAGUAGAGGUCUUUAGUAGUCUCCAUACCUGAAUGUCUGUAUUUUUGUCCCAUUAUAGAUGUAAAUUCUAAAGUAGACUUCAUGCAUAUAAUGUAAAGUUUGCUUUCAUAAAAUUACGGAAGAUAUUAUUUCUGUAUGAUAGCACUGGUGGCCUCAUCUUUGUGUACUGCAGCUAUUUGGGGGAUGAACAGAGAGUGAGAGAAAUAUCCGAGGUUAUUAAAAUCUUGCCAGAAGUGUAUUUUGGAGAUAGUGAAUUUACCUUCACUAAUAAAUGUCCAUCUUCCCUGACUCUUCAGCUUUUAAAUCCUUCGUCUUUAUUGAAAGGCAACUUGUGUACAAUAUUUAGUGGUAAAUUGUCUUGAACUUACCUUAUAGGGGAUGUAUUGGCAGAUGCAAGAUUCCAUGACCAAAAAUGCUUGUAAUUCACAUAUCAUGAUUGGUGGGAAGAGAGGACAGAAUGUUGUAAGUGAAGAUUCUGGAAAAUUGUUUUGUGAAAAGUAACAUUUGUUCAAGUCUGAAAUAAAUCAAAAUGAAUCAUAUCAGAGCACGAUUCCAGAAGUGACCUUAUUUAGCUCUCUUAACAACUGAUCAUUUUCUAGUCAUACGAAGGUAAGGUUGGUAAAUUAUCGAAUAAAGCAGGCUGAUGUAACUGUAGCUCUCUAGACUCUCAAAUGAAUUAAGCUGUGUCAAGAGCACAUGCUUUUUCUCUAUAUGUGAUGAUCACAGAGUGUUCAUGCAGUUUUCCAAGAAAUUAAAUAUGAAAUUUGAAUUUAACCCUUUAAUGGGUAAUAUCUUAUAAUUAUUAACACAAGUCAAUCAAUUCUUCAUCCUUUGUCUUUGUGAAAAUAAAUGUAUUUAUUUAUUCCAAAUAUUUUUUUGCUUUCUAUAACGUCUCCAAAUAUCUGAGAAUGACAGGAACAAAUCAAAACAUUCAAGAAGAAAUUAAGAGAAGAUUAAAUGUGAGGAAUGCUUGCCAUCAAUUUUUUAUCUCUGACUCAUAUCUAAAAACAUAAAUUAGAUUUAGGGUUUUGAGAAAAGGGUUAUGAAGAAAAUGCUUUGACCUAAGGGAGAGGAUAUAAUAGGAAGGCAAAAACAAUUUAUUAAUGAGAGAUCAAGUUUGUACUCUUCACCAAUUAUUAUGGUGAUGUGUGGGACCUACAGAACUCAUGGGCAAAAUCAAAAUAUAUAUCAAAUUUUAACUGGGAAUUAUUAAAAGAGACCAUUUGGGAGACAAAGAAUAAUAUUAAAAUGGAUUUUAAAGGACCAGGGUAUAAGAAAGUGGACAUGGAGUCAUGUGACUAAAGAUAGGUAUCAGUUUGGGUUCUUCUGAACAUGGCAAUGAACUUUUGUGUUUCAUGAAAGGUAAGAAGUUUUUAACUAACUGAGUGACUAUUUGCCUCUCAAGGAGAACUCAACUCCAUGUAGUUAGCUAAUUAGUUAUAAUUCUUUGAUAAUAUCUAUUAUUGUUUAUAUAAUUUCUUGCAAAAACUGCCAGUGCACCUUUCUGUUUUCAAAAGAGUAUAUUGUUUCCCUUCAUAUAUUUAUAGUGUUGAAUAUAAAUACAUAUUCUGUACAGAAAUACAUAUUGUGAUGCCACAUUGGCAGAAUUUCCUUGCAACUAACAAUAUCAGCUGGCAUGCACAGCAAAAAAUAUCCUUAUAAUAAAUGGUCUUCAACACAAUGCAAGACAAACAGUACAGUACAGUAGUUUUAUAUUACAUAGGUGAUGUAGAAUUAGACAUGAACUUUUAUUAUACAAUAUUUGACAAGACACAGCUUAUGGGUUCAAAUUAUGCUACAAUGAACUAUGGCCACAUCCUUCCAUGUAGGAAGAGGCCCUUGGAGUAAGAUAAUUGCCCACCCAAGGAGUCUAACAUUUUAAUUUAGAAUCAUCCACACCAUUAACUAAACCUAUGAAACAGGACUGACAAACAAAACAAUAAAAAAGAUAUUCAGAACUGUGUCAUAAAAUUGGCAAUUAUGACAUGUGUUUGUGUUUUCAAACUUGACAGAAUUUUUCAUGACGAUCAAAAUUGGUUGUUAUGUCAGCUGUAAAGUGGAGAGUCAAUAACACUGGGGACUCUGAAUCUGCAUCCCAUUGACCUCACUGGAGGUAAAGGAUAAAGUAAAGACUUCAAUGAGAAGUAUGCCAAGAAUCAUAAUGCCAUAACGUCAUUGUAUGAGUGUUUGUAUAUUGUGUGUGCAUGUAGAGGAUGAACACAAAUGGUCUGAGCAGUUUAAAUGUUUAUUUAACAAAAACCGAAUGGCAUACAAAAAUUAAAUUUAAACCACUGGAAGGAGAACUUCAAAAACAUUUUUGUAGUACGGAGAAGUGGCAUGACUACAAUGAUAUCCAUAAUAGCAUAUGGCAGUAAAAUGGUGACCCAACCUAAGAAAUUGUGUGAAAUUUGCAUAUGGAAGAUUUUUAUCAAAUUUACUCCAAAAAAUACCAUUUUAACAAUGAUCACAGGUUCUGUGGAAUGGAACUCAGGUGUACAAAAUGUUUUCUUGGACUGAGUCAGUGUUUUACCGACACAUCAACAGUUGUUACUUAUAGUGCCCAUUACUGGUGUUAUGUCACUUGUCCUGCAUACUACAAAAAGUGAUCACUCUGUACAUAUUCCUAAAAUCUGUCUAAAUAUUGGUAUAUAUAAAAGCAGAGAUAUAUAGGUUACAAAUAUGUUAAUUAAAAGUGUAUUACUUGCAAGAACCUUAAAAAUUACAUAUUGUGAAAAUAAAAUAUGAAUAGCAGAAAAUAUUCAGACACGUGCAUUUUAAAACCACCCUAAUUUAGUGAAGGCAUUAACCCACUAUUUAGGUAAGAAAUAUAAUUGAUAGAUAAGCAGUAAACCAAAUUUUUAUGUUUAUACAUGUAAAUAAAACUAUUUUAGUUCACAAGUAUAAGGUCAUUCAUUUGCCCUAAGAAAUUACACACAAAAUCAUCGUGCAGUAAAGAUGAAACAGUAUGACAAUACAAAUAUGGCUAUCUUCUAAGAUGUUACACUGUAUGGCCUGGUAGAUACUGACAUUUCAGAAGUGCUUACUGCCUCCAUUAUCAGGGCAGUAAGCACCUCUGAAACAUCAGUCAGUAUCUAUGAGACAACAAAGAGGAACAGGCCAGUCACUAUGAAGACCUUAAAUAAUAUUCAAACUAAGUUUUUCCAGUAAUUAUAUGCUAGUAAGAAAUGGAAUGAUUAUUGUCUUUGGAAUAUUAAUCUUCAUAGUUAAUACACUAAUUUUAAUGAACUCCCAGCCUCUCUCAAGAACACUACAUUCCAAACCAAGUCCUCUGUUGACUGCCAAUAUUGUUACUUUUAUUCAUGUUAUAUAUGUAUGUAAACAUAAAAUGUUUAAUGCUCUUUACAGCUUCAUAUUUUGUUGACUCACUUAUUAGCAAAUAGGUUUUGGCUUUUGAAUAUCAUUGUCACAAGCAAUUUAAUUUCCUACUUUUAAAUGGUAUUCAUUAAAUGAAAUAAAAUUUUACCAUAGUCAGGAAUAAUGCAUACAAAAAUUCCAAUAUUAAUAACAAUAAUUAUCCACACAAAGAAAAUGUAUUUUAUUCCAACCCUUUCCAAGAUUCAGAAUUCUAAAACAAUAAUUACCGAUUAUAAGUGCUGCCUAAAAGUUUAAAAUAGAUUUCAAUAUGGUGGCAAAAAUGUGUAGCAAUAAAGAUACACUUACGACAUAAAAUAAAAAAUUCCAGGCAUAUUCCAUCUCAUGUACCAAACAAAAUGGCAGUCCCAUUAGAAUUUAUACUCCAUAUAACUUUUUAAUAAAAUUCUAAAGCUGUGUUCUACAUUCUCAUAAAUAAUAUUCCAAGUGUAACACGUUUAAUGCCAGUAUCAAAGCAAAACAAAUAUUCACAACUCUACAAGUGAAUACUCUGCAAAUUCCUUGUUUAACUGCAGUCUCGUAAAUUUAUAGCUAUUAAAAUGUGUGUAAGAAGUAAUCAGAUAACUUACUCACAAAUAAUAUAAAAUAUGUUUUUCUUUGAAAUAUGAGAAGGCAAACUAAAUGUCACAAUUCCAAUGUGUGUUUAUGUGAUGCUCUCUAUUGGACUUGCAAUAUACAUUUAAUAGGUGGUACUAAUUAAAUUCACCUCAAAACUUUUGUAAUGUGUAACAUUUUUGGAUGUAAUAAAGUUGCAUUUAUUUCAAA